AUGUCCGAGACUAAUUCUCGUAUCCGUGAUAUAUGGCGGUCUCUCUCGUGGUCUGAUCGCUUAUUGCCUGUGGCCAUAAUUUGUUCCAUCGUUGUUGGCACGAUAAUAUCAAAAUAUUGUCCAGGUUCUAGACAGGCAUUUCAAGGAGUUUCAGUUUUAAAUGUUUCCGUUCCAUUGGCAAUCGGUAUGGUAAUCAUGAUUAUUCCACCAUUGUGUCGCCUUAGAUGGGACGUUUUGUUCAACAUCUCUGGUGAUCAACGGCACAACUUGCUUAAGCAGCUCUGUAUAUCAAUUAUUUUGAACUGGAUUGUUUGUCCAUUUUGCAUGCUUUGUCUUGCCUGGGUAACCCUGUUCGACGUGAAAGCCUAUAUGAACGGUAUAAUUUUAAUCGGAAUUGGCAGAUGCAUCGCAAUGGUUUUGCUGUGGAACAGGAUUGCCAAAGGGAAUGAAAGCCUUUGUGCAAUCAUUGUCAUCAUGAAUAGCAUUCUCCAACUUCUUAUUUACGCCCCGUAUAAGAUUUUUUUCUGUGAUAUAAUGGGCCGGGGAAGCACUUUCAACGAACACUCCGUUGACAUAGAUGGGAUAUCAGGAUUAUAUUCCACUGUAGCUAAAACUGUUGGUUUUUUCUUAGGAAUCCCGUUUGCUUCGGGAAUUUUUAUUAGAGGAUUUGGUGUGCUUGUUUUUGGAAGGGAAAGGUUUGAUUCAAAGGUUAUGACAUUCAUUUCUCCAUGUGGUACAAUAGGCCUACUUUACACCAUUAUUGUAAUAUUUAUUGAAAAGGGUGAUUCAUUUAUCAAUACUAUUGGCGUUUCCUUCAGGUGUUUUAUUCCAUUAAUUGCCUAUUUUACCGUUACUUGGUUUGGAACGUUUAUUGGGUUAAGAUGGUAUCUAGGAAGGGGAAGUGAUUACAAAUUUACUGCUAUUUCAUGUGAAGCUGCUCCUCAUUGUGGGUGCGAAAAGCAGCUUUUAGAUUCGAGCUCGUUGAAUGGGAAAUCAUGGAAAAGAUGCUGCUCUGCAAAGUAUCAAGAUAUUACUACGCAGGCAUUCACCGCUGCCUCAAACAAUUUUGAACUUGCACUGGCAGUUUCAGUUGCUUUGUAUGGGUCUGACAGCUCACAGGCUGUUGCAGCAACUUAUGGUCCCUUAAUAGAAAUUCCGGUACUUCUUUUUCUAACGCUAGUUUCACAGUACUUGGAAAAGAAAUGGCUAUGGGCUGAUCCCGUAGUACUUCUUUAA